UUACCUUUAUGAUCUGGAGAGGUGGUUAGAUGCUAGUCACUUCACACUCAAUGCCAGCAAAUGUGCUGUUCUCGUUUUUCCGAUACGUGACAUAGUGCACAUUUCAUUGUCUUACCACCUUCAAGACAUACCACAGGUGGAAUCUGUUAAAUACCUCGGAAUUAUUUAUAACGCCUCUCUCAACUGGCGCUCACACAUAGAUCUGUUGACUGGGAAAGGUACCCGUGCAAUUGGCAUAUUGCGUAGGCUGAGCAGUCGUCGAAUAGGAUUGAGAAGAGAUACACUCCUAAUGAUAUACCGUAUGUACGUUCGCCCUGUAUUAGAAUUUGGUUGCGUGCUCUUCUCGGGAGCUCCAGCCUACAUGUCCCGCCCUCUAAUCCUCUUAGAAAGAGAGGCAUUACGUCUGUGUUUAGGUCUACCUAAAUUUGUUGCAAAUUCUAUUCUUUAUCUAGAAUCCCGUGUUCCGCCACUUUCGUGCAGGUUCCGGCUUUUGACGGUGCAGACGUUCUUAAAGAUUUACGAAUCACCACUACGUCAUACCCAAAUAAUCUUUAUUUCACAACCUGCGUUGUUUUUUGGUGUCAUCUGGCCGCGACUGCAUAAACCGCAAAUUAUAUUCGUGCAACAAUUACUUGACUCUUUGGGCGUGCACAUAUGCGAUGUACUUCCUAUUACCGACAGAGCUGUUGCCACGGAUAUUCAAUUUGAUGACAUCUUUCCUAAUAAUGCAAAAUUACUUCCACACCGUAUUCUCGACGGUAUAUUACAAGAUCACCUGAAAUACCUUCAAACAAACGUUGUAAUUGCAACAGAUGCUUCACAAUGUGAAGAAAAGUCAGGUGUAGGAAUAUUUUCCCCGAUUCUCGAUUGGACAUUUUCUCUUCGGCUGCCAGAUUUCAUACCGAUUUUUUUAGCUGAAUUCAUGGCCGUGGUGCUGGCAUUACGCAAAUUAGGACCAUCAAUUACGUCAGCCGUGAUAGUCACUGAUUCUUUAUCAUUGUGCUCAUCCCUUACUGCUUCUAGUGAUUCUCGCGUGAUGAGGACAUUUCAAUCAUUGGUACCUGGUUACUUGAGAAGCGUGCGUUUGAUUUGGGUGCCUGGCCAUAAAGGACUAAUCAUUAAUGAAAUUGCAGACUCUCUAGCCAAGGCAUCGAUAAGUGGCCCGAUUCUUCCUUGCUGCCCUUUGACUGCUUACGUUACUGCAGCUAGAUUUCGCAGGAGUAUCAUUAUACAGUCCGUAUCAGGCUCCGCAAUUACUAACUCUGAGGAUUACGGACAUCUCCUACACCCUUGGAACAGAGAUUUUUGCCGAACACGGAAAAUUGAAGUGUCCAUCACGAAGCUGCGCUGCCGUAUACCUGCAUUGAACUUCUACCUCCACAGGUCUGGUCUGGUCCCCUCACCAUUAUGCUCAUUCUGUGGCGAAGCGGAGACAAUCGACCAUUUCUUGUUGUCUUGCAGACGGUUUUCUAUUCUAAGAAAACGACUACUUGAAAUGCCGCUUCGCUCUAUUGGUCUAACUUUAUCAGUGCCUGUGAUCCUAUCUUUUGGAGCCUCCAUUGUUGGGUUCAGCCACAGAAAUGUUUGCUUGGCGAUCCAAAAUUACCUAAUUGAAACCAAUCGUUUUCCAUGUUAGAUUGAUCGUUCUCCCUCCCUACCAUAGCUUUCUUUUAUUUCUUAUCUAUUAUUAAUUGUUAUUGUAAUUAUUAUUAUUAUUUUCUUAUACCCGGUUUUCAUCUGAUUAUCUAUUUUUUUUUCUCCAGACAUAAAACGUUUACUUUUAAGCUCACACGCCCAAAUUGUUAACUCCCUUGUUUCAUUAUUAUUUUUAGGCACCUAAUUAAACCGCCCGAUUCUUGGCCAAUCCCCCACUGUGGGUAUGUGCCACGGCCACAUAGGACAACAACAACAACAACAAAAACGCUUCUCCAACUUCUCUGCACUUUUACCUUAGCAUGUGUUGUGAUUUGUAAUUAUUGUGUGUGACCUAACUUUCCGUUCUAAUGCAUUGAAAAUUGACUCUUCUAUAUCUCAAAGAGCGCUAAAACGAAAAUUGUUAGGCGUAACAUUGAGAGACAGGAAGAGAGCGGUGUGGAUCGUAGAGCAAACAGGGAUAGCCGAUAUUCUAGUUGACCUUGCGAGAAAAAAAAAAAAAAAAUGAAGCUGGGCUGGCCACGUAAUGCGUAGGGCAGAUAACCGGUGGACCAUUACAGUUACAGAACAGUUGCCAAGGGAAGGGAAGCGCAGUCGAGGACGGCAGAAAAUUAGGUGGGGUGAUUAUUAUUAUUAUUAUUAUUAUUAUUAUUAUUAUUAUUAUUAUUAUUAUUAUUAUUAUUAUUAUUAUUAUUAUUAUUAUUAUUAUUAUUAUUAUUAUUAUUAUUAUUAUUAUUAUUAUUAUUUAAACAUAUACAAGGACACAAAGGAAACAGGGAAAGAGCAAGCUGACAACUGCCACCGGGAGGAGCACAACACCUGCCUACUCUUUCGGGAGGAGGGAAUGAAAAAGAGGAGAAGACGAUAGGAAACAAAAUAGGAAAUAAACAAAUGACAGAGACACGGACAAAAGAAAAUAGGAACACGUAAAAUAUGUCUAUAAACGGAAAGCCAAAUCAGUUUCCUGCAUGAAACUUAGCAAGACUCUGUGGGCCUGGGAUGGCUUGCAAGAACGCAUUCUUAAAUUCAUUAUUGUUUUCGUCAUUAAAUGUUCCUGCAAGCCGCCCCUGGUCGCGUUGAGCAGCACUCCCUCUCGGAAACAGGCAGUCGUCAAGGGUCGCACAGUGGAGUCCAAUCAGUCCGUAUUCCUUAAGUAGCAGUGCACGUCGUGUGACGAAUGCGGGGUACUCCAGUAUUAAGGUGUUCAAGUGAUGAAUUAGGACAUUCGCCGGCGCAGGUUGGAAUCAGCUAGCGCAAGACAGCGGUAACUGGAGAUCGCCGGGAGAGGCCUUCGUCCUGCAGUGGACAUAAGGCUGAUGAUGAUGACGACGACGGCGACGACGACGAUGUUUUUUUUCGAAACGAUUCGUUGCCGGAGAGGCCCGUGCUGGCGCGACGAAUUGUUACCGCCUCAAAUUUCACCGAAAUCGGCCAACCGAGCCAAGCACGACUGCUAUAAGGCGGGACCCAAACAAGUGGACCCGACAGCACUCGACGCGUGCGGGUCACGGUGUCUACUACGAGGUUACUUUGUUUGCUACUUGAGACUCGAACUGAUGCCGAAUUUUCAACUACGGUUUCCGAACUACUUUCCUUCGCUUCCCUAUAGCUCCGUUACGUGGACGUAUUCAGUUCUACGUUUUCUCCUACGUGGCACAUUCGUUUAUGCGCCCGUCUGCACAUUUGCUUGAGCAUA